AUGCAACGAAGAAAACAUAAAGAAGAUGACAACUUGAUUACAGAGGAGGAAGAUCUCAACGAAUUUGGUUACGGGAGCUUCAAAAAGAGUUCUGAGCCACAAACAAAAGACGAUAUUUAUGGAACUGUAGAACUACCUGAGAAGCCUAUCAAGCUGUCUAGUUAUGAAACUGUAGGUUAUGACUCUGUGCUGAAGAUACAGGAUGACAAAAGAUCUGUACAUAAUGUGAAGGAUGAUAAGCCAAGGAGAAUAACCAUUACCUCCCUAGAGAUCCCACAGUGGAAUAAACAAACACUAGUAGGCCAUGUUGUCAAGAGCACUGCGAACUUCUUCAGCGAUGAGAAAACCAGGAUAGACUUCAUACUUGUAUGGGAAUCUGAUCAUCACAAUUGGGAAGGUCAAAGUGAAGAAGCUGAGACACAGAAAUCCAGGCAAAAGAGAUCUAUGGAGUUGCAUAGGGUCUGGCGAGAGAAGUUUCUGAAUAAACUCCAGAUGGCAGGUCUCAAAAUGGAAAAGCACGUAGCCCAGAAUGCAAAGAAGCUGGUACAUUUUGUAUUGCUAAGUGCGCCCUGGAGUGUCCUCUGUUAUUAUGCCGAGGAUCUCAGGCUGAGAGUUCCUUUGCAGGUUGUGCCCAAUCAGGAUGUAACUAACUGGUCUCACAGGAUUCUGCUAAAACUGGGCAUCUCUAAUCUGCUUCAUGAUGAGGUUCCUGACCUUCCUGUGGAUUAUUAUACCUGUCAUUUUAAGGCAAAUAAAUUACCCUGGUUUCUUGGGAGUGAUAACCAUGAGACAUUCUUCAGUAGCACACAACGGCACAGAAUACUCUAUGAGAUCCUGGCGACUACAUCAUAUGGCAACCCCAAAGCAGGGCAGGUUGGAAUAGAAAGACUUCUGAGUGAGAAUGUCUUCACAGCUGCAUUUCCAAUGCAUGAUGGUCCCUACAAGAUGCCAUCGGAAGAGAUGGUCCCCCCUCCACUGAAUCAGAGACAGAUUCUUUUCCACUACUGGGCCCAGUGGAGUAAGUGGAAGAAGUACCAGCCUUUGGACCACAUCAGGAGGUACUUUGGGGAGAAGAUUGCUCUCUACUUUGCCUGGCUUGGUUUCUACACUGGGUGGCUUCUACCAGCAGCUGUUGUGGGAACAAUAGUCUUCAUCAUAGGCAUCUUUAUGAUGUUUGAUGAUAUUCCUACGCAGGAGAUCUGUACCAGUGGUGGUAAAUAUCAGAUGUGCCCACUCUGCAAAGUCUGCCCUUACUGGAACCUCUCCAGCAUCUGCCCAAUGUUUCAGGCUGGUCGUCUCUUUGACCAUGGUGGGACUGUCUUCUUUAGCAUCUUCAUGUCUCUGUGGGCAGUUACAUUUCUUGAGUACUGGAAGCGAAUGAAUGCUACUUUAACAUAUCGCUGGGACUGUUCAGACUUUGAAGAUAUUGAGGAACGUCCACGCCCCGAGUUUACUGCCAUGGCCCCUAUGACAACUCGAAAUCCAAUUACUGGAGAGGAAGAACCUUAUUUCCCCAAGCAGAACCGUUUCAAAAGAAUCAUGGCUGGAUCAACGGUCAUCAUCAUGAUGAUUGCUGUUGUGGUGAUGUUUCUCAUUUCCAUCAUCCUUUACCGGGCCAUCAUUGCUGUAGUCGUAUCCAGGUCUGGGAAUUUCCUUGUUGUGGCUUCGGCUUCUCGUAUUGCUAGCAUCACAGGCUCAGUGGUGAACCUCAUCUUCAUUCUUAUCCUCUCCAAAAUUUAUAUUGCACUGGCACGUUUUCUUACCAAGUGGGAGAUGCACCGUACCCAGACCAUGUUUGAAGAUGCCUUCACCUUUAAGGUGUUUGUCUUUGAGUUUGUCAACUUCUACUCCUCUCCUAUCUACAUUGCCUUCUUUAAAGGCAGGUUUGUAGGUUACCCAGGCCACUACACCACACUGCUGGGCAUCCGUAAUGAGGAUUGUGGUCCAGGUGGCUGCCUCAUUGAACUUGCCCAGGAGCUGCUGGUCAUCAUGGUGGGAAAGCAAAUAAUUAAUAAUGUGCAGGAGAUCAUCAUACCGAAGUUGAAAACAUGGUGGCAUAAGCGAGGCCAUCUCUCCCAAAGGAGUAAGAAAGGUCGAGAAAAUCUCAUCAAACAGCUCUGGGAGAGUGAUUAUGAACUGCUGCCCUAUGUUGGGCUCUUUGAUGAAUACUUGGAAAUGGUCCUACAGUUUGGCUUCAUUACCAUCUUUGUGGCUGCCUGCCCUCUGGCACCACUUUUUGCCUUGCUCAACAAUUGGGUGGAGAUUCGCUUGGAUGCCCAGAAGUUUGUUUGUGAAUACCGACGUCCAGUGGCAGAACGAGCCCAAGGCAUUGGUAUCUGGUUCCAUAUUCUAGAGGUCAUCACACAUUUGGCAGUCAUUAGCAAUGCCUUCCUGAUUGCCUUCACAUCUGACUUUCUCCCUCGGUUAUAUUACCAAUAUACUACUAGCAGCGAUCUACAGGGCUACAUUGAUUUCACCCUGGCCUAUGCCCCUAAAUCUUAUGUUGCAGAGUACAAUGUCACAUGCAGAUACCGAGCCUACCGAGAACAAAGUGGCAGAUAUUCACUUGCCUACUGGAAUCUACUGGCAAUUCGUCUUGGUUUCAUAAUUGUAUUUGAGCAUGUAGUUUUCUUCAUUGCACGCAUGAUAGAUAUGAUGGUGCCUGACAUCCCAGAAGUGGUGGAAAUAAAAGUGAAGCGAGAACAAUAUCUAGCAAAACAAGCUCUGGCUGAAAAUAAGGCCCUCAUUGAGGUGAUAGAUGUGAGAAAUCCAACCCCUCUGGCAGAAAAGGCACCAUAGUGGAAAACUCAAGAAUCAGACAAGGUGACUACAAUUUGUCCUGGCCAGUUUGUGAAGUUUUAAAGAAGCAGGCUUCAUGGGUGGAAGACAAAGCAGUGGCCCAGCUUUUAAUUUCCCAUACUGUAGAACUAUACUGAAAACUUUUGGGAAUUUGCCCUUGGGAAUUAUACCUGUCUUCCAGUCAAUGUAGCUUCCAAAAAGUCUUUGUGAAGAAAAGUUGUGUGGUAGUGGAAGUACAAAACAAACUGUGACAGCAGAUUAAACCAACCAGCCCAGCAGCCAAGUUUUCAGUUGCUCUUUUAAGUGAAGAGAUUUUAGUGUUUCCCCCACUCUUUCACUACCACCAAAUGAAGAAGUACUUCCAUAACUAUAAAAGUGUCUAAGUCUAUCAGAAAGAAUGGAUUAGGACUGUGCUCUUCUCCUAUUUGUUGUGGGGGGGGGGGGGAAAUCCUGUGAAACAUCAGGCAAGACUUUUCCAAAGAGUGAGAGCUGUUAUCAUAACCCUACCACAUUUGAAAAUGAACUAAGUGCAGAUUAUUGUGUAGUCUUCUUAGCAUGUGAGGAUAAGCUUAAUAUAGAUUACUGACUAAGAAGAGGGCAAUUGUGAGAUGGCUUGUGCUCAGCUACAUAAGGUACCUGUUCUUCCCUUCCCCCUGCAAAAACAAUACAGGACUGUAAUUAUGUUUAGUGCAUCCAUCUGGAGUUUACUAGUAAUGUGACCCAUGUCACACGGAUCUUAAUCAUGCCUGAAGAAUCCCCCCCCC